AUGGAUGCCAUUGACGGAGAAGUCCAGCAGAACGGUCUACAAACGCACCAGAACAGUUUCCGUAACUCAAUGACUGCAAAGAAAUGCAAAGAAACUGAUUGCCUGGUUGAAAAUUUCACUGGGUGUACGAUUGUGCUAAAAUUGAGCGACAGUAACGAGACGAUCACGAUCAAAACGCAUGAUCGCGCUUACACCGAGAAUGGUGUUUUGAAGGAUGGAGAAGCAACACUGGACCUAUUCGAAUUUGACCAGUGGGGCACGAGCAACACCUCGGUGAAGCUACCCCACUUUGGCAGCGUAAAUAUUGGCGUGAGCACCGCAGAAGCCUUACAAGCUACACUGUUCGUCACAUUAUUUUCACGAUUGGAAAACCCGAGGCGACAGCAUAUCGUUCUGCGAUCAAACGCGUUCUUCUGCAACCAUAGCUCUGAAUGUUACGAAGUGAAGUAUUUGAGUUUAGGGUGUGAAGGCCGAAAGGCAGUGGAAUCUCAAGUAGUCAAGUUACGACCUAAUGAGCGCAUGUCAUUGCCACUCUCGCUUUUGAUGGGGAUUACAGAGUUUUACGCGCGUCCUGAAAGCCAUGAACACUGGAUCGUCAAGACUUCCCUAAACAACGUUGUGUUGACGUCCGAGGAGGCAAUCAGAGAGCUUGACGAGCACGAAGCAGAGCGUAAAGGAAAGACGAAGCAGCACCGAGGCGGAACUAUUGUGUAUGGUGAUACCGAGGAAACUUGCACAAAGAUGAUUCGGCGACUGACCUCGAAUGUGAUCGUGCGUCGUUGGUACCUGCGUUCGCAUUUCGAAUGGGAAAUCGCGCUGCUUCCUCCAUUUGUUGUUCGUAACUCGCUUUCUUAUGAGAUGGAAUUUCGGUUUAUCGAGUACAAUUCGAGUUCAUUGAGAGACAUGAAGACCGAAUUCGCGAAAAUGGAUAAUCUCCUGCGUCGCGAGGGUGCAGUCGAACCGUCUACUGGAGUGCUGAGCGGCGUGGUGGAUUCAGGCCACGACAUGGAGGUGUCUAGAGUUAGCGGAGGGCAUCCUGGGUACCUGUCGAUUCGGCUCGUGGCCAAGCAGCGUAGUACAGACAAGCAGGUGGUGUCACCGUGGUCAAAACCGCUUUUAAUGAUGAUUCACAAAGAAGUCGAGCAGUUUACGACGUCACGAGAAAGUGUCGAAGUCGACGUCGGUGUCAAAUUCAAUAUCGAUCGAAUAACUCUUCCUGGCUACCCUCGACUCGUGCGAUUUUCGAGCCCGUGUUGGAUUGUAAAUAACUCGUCACUUGCGUUCGACUACGCGUCGACUGAGCCUGGCGCGAAGCACACAUCGCUCAAGUCCAUGGACGUUUGUGCAUCGUUCAGAUACCCUAUCAUGACAUCAUUACCUCAUGAUCGUCUGAGUAUGAAACCGGUCGGGAACCUAAACCGCCGGCCCAAGGCAUGGGUUGAAUUUGGUAGUAUGCCGGAGACCGCGUAUAAAACAUCUGUGAUAUCGGAGCACGCAGUCGAGAGUGCGCGAUGGUCAAAACCAAUGAACACGACCGCGAUCAACACCAUGGGCGAGAUCGUGUGCGGCCCGAGCGUUUUCGGCGUGAAAAUGGAAGGUUUAUACGGUCUUUUCGAGCCCGGCGUUUCGCUAACGUUAAGCCCCCGAUAUUUUGUCCAAAACUGUCUGAGCCAGAAGUUGUACAUGCAGAGCUUUGCCUCGCACGAUACUGACCCUCAAAAAGUGAACGAAUUGUUCCACAAGAGAAGUGUUGAUGUCGUGAAGCAGCUACACAUGACACUGGAGGACGGUCAAACUACACCAUUGUACCACUUCGAGGCGUUGAAGAAGCACGAGUCUGCAGAACAGAGCGAGCGCCAUGUUUCGAUCACAUUUUCGAAAGAAUGGAGCAACGACGCCGACAAGAAGAAUUGGUCAUUUGCGAUUCCGAUUAACACGGCUGAAGACGUGUAUCUACAAGUCUACUCAUCUGUGCGUCAGCAUUAUUUGAUCUGUCAGGCCAGUGUGCAAGUGGUGGAUAUGUACGUGCAUGUUAUUCUGACGGAUGUGUCGUGCGCGCCGCCAUACCGCAUUGAAAAUUACACUCCAUUUACGGUGACAUACGCUCAGUUAGGGGACUCGUCUAUCUUCAAAAGCGAGCAAAAGGAAGCGGCUGCCACCGUUGUGUCUGGUGCGUGGCACGCUUUCGCCUGGUUCAAUCCACUGUCAAAGGAACGCCACAUCGAAUUUCGUCUUUCACAUCAGGAUGCUCCGAAAGCGCAGAAGGAAAAAUUAUGA